AGUAAAUUUAGCAUCUUAUUUAAACGCAAGCAAUGCACUGUGCUUCGAGUUGAACUGUGUGCUAAAGGCGAAAGACUGAGCUGUGUGAAUAGUUAUUUAUCGGGUAGGGUGUGUGUGGUAGCGUGUAUAGUCUUUAUUUUAGUUUAUUAACAAUGACGCCAAGAUUUUUAAUCUGGACGGUGAUCGUCUCACUGGGAGCAACUUCAGACACUGAAACUUCUGUGGAUCUUCAGCCGGACAUGCCCAAUGUGUGUGUGAACCAGGAGCUGUCCAUGCUGGGUCUGAGGCAGCCGUGCGUGCAGGCCUACACCCGCAUGGUCCGGGUGUGGAAGCAGGGCUGCUCGGGGAAGAGCUGGUGUGCUGGAUAUGAGAGGAGGACUGCCUAUUAUACAGCCUAUAGGCAAGUGUACAGCAUGGACCUGAACCGUGUGUAUCGUUGCUGCCCCGGUUGGAUGCGGCGAGGACAGGAGAGGGGCUGCCUACACAGAGUGUGUUUGCCUGACACCUGUUUCAAUGGAGGAAGGUGUGCAGAGAGUGGCGAGCAGGUCUGUCAGUGUCCUGAAGGGUUCCAAGGCACACGCUGUCAAUAUGAUGUAAACGAGUGUGCCAGUGCCAAUGGGGGGUGUGAAGGCUCCUGCUGUAACACCAUUGGCAGCUUCUAUUGCCGGUGCCCAGGGGGCAGAAAGCUGGCACUGGAUGGCAAGACCUGCCCAGACAUUGACGAGUGUGAGGAGCUGAAUGGUGGUUGUCAGCAGAAGUGUGUGAAUACACUGGGCUCCUAUUACUGUGAAUGCAGCAAGGGAUUCCGCAUGCACAAUGAUCUACGCACCUGCAUUGCGGUGGUGUCGUGUGCGGUGGGCAAUGGAGGCUGUGAGCAUAAGUGUGUGGACCUGGGAGAUAACCUCUACAAGUGUGUCUGCCCUCCCGACCACCGGCUCAAGGAGGACGGCAAACACUGUGAAGUGAAGAACCCGUGUAAGCAGGGCAACGGGGGCUGUGCCCAGCAGUGCAGCAGUGAGGACGGCCAGGCGGAGUGCGGCUGCAGAGAUGGAUACACCCUGAACCCCGACCGCAGGACCUGCAGAGACGUUGAUGAGUGUGACAUAGGCCGUGUCCAGUGCGCUCACACCUGUUUGAACACGGUUGGCUCCUACAAAUGUGUGUGUAAGCCAGGCUUCGAGCUCGGAGCAGAUGGCAAGCAGUGUUAUCGCAUUGAGAUGGAGAUUGUGAACAGCUGCGAGAAGAACAACGGCGGCUGCUCCCACGGCUGCGAACACACCACCAGCGGCCCACACUGCACCUGUAACCACGGUUACCAGCUGGCCGAGGACCUCAGGACCUGUGUCGACUCAGAUGAGUGUAAGAAUGGGGAGUCCUGCUGCAGCCAGUUCUGUGAGAACUACCCUGGAGGCUAUGAGUGCAACUGCAGAGCCGGGUACAUCCUUAACAAAGACGGCUGUGGCUGCGAUGACGUUGACGAGUGUGAGAUGGAGACAUCAGACUGCACUCACUCGUGUGUGAACACGCUGGGCUCCUACGAGUGUUUCUGCAGGCUGGGCUAUCGGCUUGACUUUGACCAGCGCACCUGCCUACCCCUAUAUGACCUGGAGGAGACGGGGGGUGAGGGAGAGGAGGGGCUGGAGGCAGAUGAAGAGUACGCUCGAGGCCGAAUCGGAGGCCGAGUCAGAGGAAGAGGCGACGAAGAUGAGGAGGAUCUGCCGCUGAGGAGGCUGCCCCUGUUCCCCUUCCGCAGGAAACCCCAGCUACUCCACUACACGGCCUCCCUGCAGCACCGGCCACACAGCACACACACGCGGGCCGUCGCCGAGACGCUGGCGCACACACUCACGCACGCUCACGCGCGCACCGAACGUGCCGAGCUGACGCUCCUGAGCCAUACAGUGUGUGAGGAUGGUGUGUUUGGUGAGGACUGUACGCUGACGUGUGAAGACUGUGCCAACGGGGCGGCAUGUUCAGAGGACGGAGACAGCUGCCUGUGCACUCCCGGAUGGACCGGCCUCACCUGCAAUGAGACUUGUCCAUCGGGCUGGUUCGGUGAGGGCUGUAACGCUGUGUGUGCGUGUCGGAAUGGCGGACGCUGUGACCCCGUGACUGGCAGCUGCCGCUGUCCUCUGGGGGUGACGGGACAACACUGUGAGAACGGCUGUCCUCAGGGUUAUUUCGGUGAGAGUUGCCAGAGGAAGUGUAGCUGCCCCAACAACGGCCCCUGUCACCGCCUGUACGGAGGCUGUGUGUGUGCUCCCGGACUCUAUGGCCGCUUCUGCCACCUGCCCUGUCCCAGGUGGACGUUUGGGGCGGGCUGCUCUGAGGAGUGUGUGUGUGAGCGAAGCAGCUCCGUCGGCUGCCACCCCCAAACAGGAGUCUGCUCCUGCAAGCCUGGUUACCAUGGAGACCGCUGUCAAUCAAAGCAUUGUGAGUGUGGAGAAGGGGUCCCCUGUGAUCCCCAGACAGGACAGUGUGCUCUGAAGUGCCCCCCUGGAUUCUAUGGCAAGGACUGUGAGCAAGUGUGCGAGGCAGGUCUGUGGGGUGAGGGCUGCAUGCAGCAGUGCCAGUGUGCCAACAGCAGCAGCAGCAGCAGCAGCAGCAGCAGCAGCAGCAGCAGCAGCCGUGUGUCCUGUGACCCCCAGACAGGGGCGUGUGUGUGUGAGCCCGGCUUCACCGGACAGCACUGCCAGAACAAGUGUGAGGAGGGCAGUUUCGGAAGAGGGUGUGAGAAGAAGUGUGCGUGUGAGAACGAAGCUGUGUGUGACCCGAUCAGUGGCACCUGUACCUGCGCGGCGGGAUGGACGGGCGAGCGCUGCGAAACAAAGUGCCAGGCUGGGACUUUUGGAUCCAACUGCACGCAGGUGUGUGACUGCCCCGCCCAUCGUCACCAGUGUCACCACGUCACCGGGAGAUGCACUUGCCCACCUGGUUACUAUGGAAACCGGUGUGACAUCAGGUGUCGUGAGGGCACGUUUGGCCCUCACUGCAGGCGCAGGUGUCGCUGUGCCAAUGGAGGGCGCUGUGACUUCAUGACAGGAAGCUGUGAGUGCCUGCCUGGCUUCCUGGGAGCCAAUUGCAGCAUCCCUUGCCCAACUGGCUAUUACGGCCAGGACUGUGCCCUGACCUGCAUGUGUGGAGAGGGUGGACAGUGCCACCCAGUGACGGGAAGAUGCAAUUGCGGCCCAGGAAGGACUGGCCAGUCCUGCCAGCAAGCGUGCCCCCGGGGUCGCUUCGGGCCGCAGUGUCGGGGUGUGUGUGCCUGCCUGAACGGAGGAGUGUGUGAGGCGGCGAGCGGGAACUGCAGCUGUGGCCUCGGCUGGACGGGCCCUCGCUGCGAAACAGAGUGUGCGGCAGGCCACUAUGGUGCUGGGUGUGCGCUGGAGUGCCAGUGUCAGAACAAUGGCACAUGUGACCGCUUCACCGGCUGCUGUGACUGCUCGCCCGGUUACUAUGGCAAUACCUGUCAACACAGGUGCCCUGCGGGUCUCUUCGGGCGGCGGUGUUCUCAGCAGUGUGACUGCGUGCCUGGUCAGCAGUGUCACCACGUGACGGGAGAGUGCGUGUGUCCACCAGGCCUCCAUGGACACAGCUGUGAAAAAAGUUGUGAGGCAGGCCACUUUGGCCAGGGGUGCGAGAGGGAGUGUCAGUGUGCAGAGGGAGCGGUGUGCCAUCCAGUCACCGGCCUGUGCAUAUGUCCACCCGGGAAGACGGGAGAACUCUGUGACACAGAGUGCAGUGUUGGCUGGUUUGGUCCGGGCUGUGUGCUCAGGUGUGAGUGUGCCCACGGGGGCCAGUGUGAGGCUCGUACCGGCCGAUGUCUCUGCCCCUCCACCUGGCUCGGGCACACUUGCGAAGAGGGUGGCUCCACUCUUCCUGUUCCAACUCUGGUGCGUCGCUCUGUGAAGCGCCGCUCUGGCAGGUCCCGUCCGGCCCGGGGCCCCGCACAACACACAGGGGCCCCCUCAUGA